GACUGCUGAUAUAUAUAUGUAUCUGUCUAUAUAUGUGCAUGUACGAUUGAUUGGGGCUGGCAACUGGCAUUUCAAUCUUCAUACAAUGCAAUCUCUCUUCUUCUCCCGUCUCCAUUUUGCUUUCCUCCUCCUAUUCACUCUUCUCAAUCUCCGCUACCUCACAGCCGAAGCAGCAAAAUGCCACCCAGACGAUGAAGCCGGCUUACUCGCAUUCAAGUCCGGCAUCACAGCUGACCCUUCCGGCAUGCUUCAGUCUUGGAAGCCCGGAACAGACUGCUGCUCCUGGAACGGCAUAACAUGCCUACAAGGCACCCGGGUCACGGCCCUCGCCCUCUCCGGACAGCCUCAGAACUCCACCCAGGUUUUAUCCGGUACUAUCUCACCAUCUCUUUCGAAACUUCAGUUCUUGGAUGGCGUUUACUUCUUAAAUCUCCGAAAAUUAUCCGGUCCUUUUCCAAAUUUCCUCUUCAGCCUCCCCAGGCUCAUCUUUAUUUACAUUGAAAACAAUAGAUUGUCGGGUCCGAUACCUGAAAACAUUGGCAGUCUGGCCAAACUCCAAGCAUUCAGUCUUCAAGGAAACCGGUUCUCAGGCCGCAUUCCCACUUCAAUCUCCCAACUCACUCAGCUAUCUCAGCUCAGACUCGGUGGCAACCUUCUUACGGGCACCAUACCCCUGGGAAUCCAGAACCUCAAAAACUUAACUUCUUUGACCCUGGAUGGGAACCAACUCACCGGCACCAUACCGGAUAUUUUUGCAUCGUUCCCCACCCUCUAUAAUCUAAACCUGGCAAACAAUAAACUAACCGGAAACAUCCCACCAAGCAUUUCAUCUCUGGCACCAAAUCUCAGGUACCUCGAGCUCGGCCACAAUUCUCUCUCAGGACAAAUCCCAGAUUUCCUUGGAAAGUUUCGGGCCCUGGACACACUAGACCUGUCUUGGAACCAAUAUUCAGGACUCGUCCCGAAAACUUUCUCGAAUCUUACUAAGAUAUUUAACCUUGACCUCUCCCAUAAUUACCUAGUGGAUCCAUUUCCAGCAAUGCAGGUUAAAGGCAUUGAAUCCUUAGACUUGUCCUAUAACCAGUUCCAUCUGGUCAACAUCCCAGCCUGGGUGACUUCUUCCCCAAUUAUCUAUUCUCUGAAGCUGGCAAAAUGUGGGAUCAAUCUGAAAUUGGACGACUGGAAUCCCGCACAAACGUACUUCUACGAUUACAUCGAUCUUUCUGAGAAUCAAAUUACCGGGAGCCCGUUCAAAUUGUUGAACAGAACGGAAUAUCUCAAGGGGUUCUACGCUUCGGGGAACAAGUUGAACUUUAAACUGGAGACCUUGAAACUUCCCAAGACUUUGAAGGACCUGGAUUUAUCGCGGAAUUUAAUAAGUGGGAAGGUGCCUAAUGCAGUUGCAGGGCUUCAAAAACUGAACGUUAGCCAUAAUCACUUGUGCGGUCAGCUCCCCAAGACCAAGUUUCCAGCAUCCGCAUUCUCUGGGAAUGAUUGUUUGUGUGGCUCUCCGUUACCCGCCUGUAAAUAAAUUUUAACAUCCUGUCACUAUGCAGGCCUCUUUUUUUUUUUCUUUUUAAUCCUUUCUGAAAUAAUGCCAUGGCCAGGUCUAGCUGGAAAACUGGCAUUCCAAUAA